AUGGACGUGGUAAAUCAGAUGGUGGCCCAGGGUCAGUUCAGGGUGCUGAAGGUUCCUCUUGGUUUCAUUAAGAUCUUACAAUGGUUCUUUGCCAUCUUUGCCUUCUCCACCUGUGGCAGUUAUUCCGGGAUGUUCCGGAUGUCGGUGGAGUGUAAGAACCGGACGGAGAGCAACCUGAGUAUCGAGGUGGAGUUUGAGUAUCCGUUCAGACUUCACCUGGUGCGUUUCUUUGCCCCAACCUGCAAGGGCGGAGCCGCGGAUCCCUUCUUCCUGGUUGGCGACUACUCUUCCUCCGCCGAAUUCUUUGUCACCAUCGGCGUCUUCGCUUUCCUCUACUCCAUGGCCGCUCUCAGCAUCUACGUCUUCUUUUUCGAAAAGUACAAGGAGAACAACAAAGGCCCGCUGAUCGACCUGGGAAUGACCGGAGUGUUUGCCUUCAUGUGGCUGGUGAGCUCGGCGGCCUGGGCCAAAGGUCUGUCCGACGUGAAGACAGCGACCAAUCCAAACGAAGUGCUCACUCUGAUCCCGGCCUGCGAGGACGAGGGGAACACCUGCCGUGAAGUUCAUGACCCGGUCAUGUCUGGACUCAACACCUCUGUGGCUUUUGGAUUCAUCAACCUGGUUCUGUGGGCCGGAAACCUCUGGUUCGUCUUCAAGGAGACGGGCAUCAUCGCUCCCUUCAUGCGGCCUCCUCCUCCUCAGGAAAAAGCUGCUGCACCAGAAGCCUAUGGCCAGCAGGGGGCAUACGAACCAGACCCGUACGCCAGCAACCAGGGAGGAUACCAACCCGACUACAACCAGCAGGAUGCAGAGUACGGUCAGGGUUACGUCCAGCAGGGGGCGCCCACCUCCUUCUCUAACCAGAUGUGAAGUGACAGG